AUGCUUCCACCUCCAAUUGACCAAUUUUCAAGUUAUGAUGAACUCCUUGCUCAUGUUCGAGCCUUUGUUUUAACUCAAGGAUAUGCUGUAACCAUAAAAAGAACUCGAACUGAUGUAAAUGGCAAAGUCAAGAAUGUGACAUUGCAUUGCGACAGAGGUGGCUCUUAUAGAAAUAGUUUGAACCUGACAGAUGAUUUACGUCAUAGGCAGACAGCAUCAAGACUUUUGGAUUGUCCAUUUGAGCUCCAUGGGACCAGACACAAUGCAUCAGAGGAUAUGUCUGGUCAUCCAAUCACUCGCAGGUUGAACACUGAGCAACGAGAGCUAGUUCAGCAAAUGUCUGCUGCUGGAUCCCAUCCUUGUGAAAUUUUGUCAACCAUUCAUCAGAGUGAUCUUUCUUCUAUGGCCACAUCUAGAACAAUCUACAAUACUUUGCAUUCCAUUCGUGAAGAAAGACUUGAUGGUCGUACACCAAUUCAAGCUCUUUUUGACAAAUUACAAGAAUCUGACUUCGAAUUUGAUUAUCAACAUGACCAUCAAAAUCACAUCACACACCUUUUUUUUGCACACAGGAUAUCCAUUGCCUUGACUCGUACCUAUCCUGUUGUAUUACUUUUGGAUUGUACAUACAAAACAAACAGAUAUCAUAUGCCUCUUCUAAAUGUUGUUGGAAUGACAAGCUUUAACACAACAUUCUUUUCCUGCUUUGCCUUCCUGAAAGAUGAAAAAGAAGCAGAUUAUGAAUGGGCCUUGACUUGCAUUUCAAAGAUCUUUAAUGGAAUGUCUCAUCCUAAAGUCAUUGUCACUGAUCGAGAAUUAGCACUGAUGAAUGCCAUUGGUAGAAUCUUUCCUGGUGCUCAUCAUCUUCUAUGUAUUUGGCACAUAAACAAGAACAUUUUAGCUAAAUGUAAACGUCACUUUGCUACAGAAGAAGAUUGGACCGAGUUCAUUGAAUUGUGGAAGGCAGUUACAGCAUCUAUCACUGAACAAGACUUCACAACCAAAUGGAAGGAAUUUUUAGAAUGCUAUGCGAGUAAGCCCAACGUCCUGCAGUAUCUUCAAGAAACCUGGAUCCUACAUAAAGAAUGCUUCAUUUCUGCCUGGGUUGAUCAUUACUUGCAUCUUGGUAACAAAGCAACUUCACGAGUAGAAGGUGCACAUGCUACUCUUAAAAAGUAUUUGCAGUCAUCCAGAGGUGAUCUUGAGUCAGUACAUCGUAAGAUCAUAUUGGAAGUAGAGUCUCAAGCAAAGGAAAUCCGUGCAAUGAUCUCUUCUGAACGUCUAAAAGUACAACAUGUGUACCGUAUAGCUCUGUUUGAACCUCUCUUGAGUCGUGUAUCUGUUUUUGCCUUGAAAAAGAUCCAUGAUGAGUGGAUCAAGGCAUCAAAUGCAACACUAGAGUCUCCCUUGAAUCCUUGCUCAGGGAUCCUUAGCUCCACGAUGGGUCUUCCAUGUUCACAUCUCAUCAGUGAACGUAUAGCAAACGGCCAAACAUUGCAGCAAACUGAUAUCCAUGAACACUGGUGGAUCAAAGCUGCUGCUCAUACCCAGUUGGAAGAAUUGUCUUCUGCUCCUCCUGAUGUACUUGGAAACCCUGAAGUUAGUAGGCCACGAGGAAGACCAGUUGGAGCAAGAAACCAAAGUGAAGGAUCAAUGCAGAGAGAUCCAUCUGCAUUUGAGCUUGUUGAAAGAAGGCCAAGGCAAUGUGGUAUAUGUCAUCAAACUGAAUCAAGUAAAAAUAAAGCAGAAGCUGGGGGAUAUAAUAAUUUAAGUGUUGAUGAUUUAAUUUGUAAUAUAUGUUAUAAUAGAUGUAUCAAUUAUGAUUCUCAUAUUAAACCUAAUAAAAAAUCUAAUGAUGAUAAUUUAUUUAAAACAAAUGUACAAAGUUCUUCAUCUUCAAAAUUAGUAGAAUUAGAAGCACAUGUUAAAGAACUCCAACAACAUAUAACAAUAUUAUCAGCUGAAUUGGAGAAUAUAACAAGGCCUGUUGAUACAAACAAUUUAAUUG